UCAGACUGGCCUCGCAGCACUAGGACCAAUAGAAGACAUUUUUGUUUAACUUUUGCGGCUACUCGGUUAUUAUUCUUGCCUAUUGGAAAUGAAGGACGUAUUUACCCCGGAUUAACACGGCGCGCCAUUUUCUUGUCGUUAUUAAACUCGGGAGGGGAGGGAACGGGAAAGCCGUCUGUAUUUUCAUCCAUUUCCCCGGAGUUUUGAGACGCAAACAAUGACCGACAGCAAGCCCCCUCACGUUAUCUUCUGCAACGACUCCCCCAAGAGAGUCCUGGUGUCAGUCAUCAAGACCACCCCAAUCAAGCCGCACAAGGCCGAGGCCAUGACGCCCACCAGCCCGGGAUUCAGCGACUUUAUGGUGUACCCGUGGAAGUGGGGAGAGAACGCCCACAACGUGACACUGAGCCCGGGUUCGCUGAGCGGGGCGUCGUCUCCAGGUCCAGGCGGGACGGCCGGAGACGCCGACGCGGCUUCUUCACCCGACCACAACAAGGACGGCAUCCGCAGAGGGCGUCCUCGAGCCGACACGGUCCGGGAGCUGAUCAGCGAGGGGGAGACGUCCUCCAGCCGCAUCCGCUGCAACAUCUGCAACCGGGUGUUCCCCAGGGAAAAGUCUCUCCAGGCCCAUAAGAGAACACACACGGGUGAGCGGCCGUAUUUGUGUGACUACCCGAACUGCAGUAAGGCGUUUGUCCAGAGCGGUCAGCUGAAGACCCACCAGCGGCUCCACACCGGAGAAAAACCCUUCGUCUGCUCAGAGAAAGGGUGUGGCAACCGAUUCACGCAUGCCAACCGUCACUGCCCCAAGCAUCCAUUCUCCCGCCUGAGGAGGGAGGAGCCGAAGGAGGGCACGGGCAAGGCGCAGUCUGUGGACAACAAGGCAGUGGCAGAGUGGCUGGCAAAGUACUGGCAGACCCGAGAGCAGCGCGCCCCCGCCACCUCCACCGCCAAGGGCGCAGGGCAAAGUACCAGAGCGCAGGACCAGGAACAGCGGGACCCCAUGGAGUUCCUCCAGUCCGGCGAGGAGAACGACGAAGACGAGGGGGUGGCGGAGGAGGAGAAGGGCAACCAGGGCGGAGCCGCCAAGCGCCGCCUCCAGGAGCAGCGCGAGCGUCUCCACGGUGCUCUGGCGCUCAUCGAGCUGGCCAACAAUCUGUCUGCCUGAGCAGCGACCCCGCCCUCCCCGGAUCACUUCUGUCCAGCCCCAGUCCGCCUUCCUUCCUUUGUAGUGUGCUGUAGCUAGACCAAGU